AUGGAAUCUGUUGAUCAGAUAAAUUCAAAUGAAAAAUCACCAAUUUUACAACCAAUUAAUAAUGAUAAUAUAACUCCAUCACUAAUAGAUUCAUCAUCCACGUCAAAAACAAGUAAUAGUGACAGUAACAACAAUAACAACAAUAACAACAAUGUGAUACAACUCCCACAAACUUCAUCAACCCAACAAAUAUCAAUACAAUCUCAAUCUCAAAAUCAAUCAGCAAUAACAUCAAAUUCAACAUCAAAUUCAUCAUUAAAUUUAUAUCAUUCAAAUUCAAAUUCAAAUUCAAGACGACAUAGAUUAAGUGUAAGUCAUGAAGAUAUGAAUUUAGAUUUAGUUGAUCCAGGAACUAUAAGAAUAGAUUGUAGUGGAGCAUUUAUUGCAAAUGAUAAUUUAUUAAGAAAAUCAAUGAAAAUAUCAAAUAAUAAUAAUGAAGAAGAAAUGAAUUCUUCUUCAUCUAAUUCAAAUACUCCUACACCUCCACUGUCUAAUACAUCAUCUGAUUUAGAAAGUGAUGAUAAUAAUGAUAAUGAUUAUGAUAUAAUGAUUGAUGAUUUAAAUGAUGAAGAAAAAUUAAAAAAUAAAAAUGGUUUAAUUACAAAAAAUAAUAUAAAUUUACCAAAACAUAAUGAUGAAAUUAUUCAUAUUUCAGUAGAUAUAGGAGGAACAUUAACAAAAUUAGUAUAUUUUAGUAAAUUAAUAAAACCAUUAUAUAAAAAAAAUAGAAUAAUAGAAGGUGGUAAAUUAUAUUUUAAAGAUUUUCAAACUGAAAAUUUUAAAAAUGAAGUUAUGAAAUUUAUUAUCCAACUAAUUAAAAAAUCUAUUUCAAAAGAAAAUAAAAAUCCUCCAAUUACAUAUAUAAUGGCAACUGGGGGAGGAGCGAAUAAAUUUUAUAACUUAAUGAACAAAACAUUUAAAAAAAAAAAUUUACCAAUGAAAAUUAUUGCAAAAGAUGAAAUGGAAUGUUUAAUAAAAGGUUUAGAUUGGUUAAUUACAAAAAUUCCUCAAGAAAUUUUCAUUUAUGAUUUACUGCAAUUAUGUAUAAAAUUUCAACCUUUACAAAAUGAAAAUGAAAUUUAUCCUUAUUUAUUAGUAAAUAUUGGUAGUGGAGUAAGUAUGAUAAAAGUUACAAAACCUGGUCCCUUGGGUUUUGAAAGAAUUGGUGGUAGUUCAUUAGGAGGUGGAACAUUAUGGGGUUUAUUAUCUUUAUUAACUGAUGCAAAAGAUUAUAAUGAAAUGUUAGAAAUGGCUCAAAGAGGAGAUAAUGAAAAUAUAGAUUUAUUAGUUGGUGAUAUUUAUGGAACAAAUUAUAAUAAAAUUGGAUUAAAAGCAAAUCAUAUAGCAUCAAGUUUUGCAAAAGUUUUUAAAAAGCUAAGAUUUAAUAAUAAUGAUUAUAAAAGUUCAACAAAUCAUCAAAUAACUCAUAAACCUUUAUUAACAUCAUCAGAAAAAUUAUCACAAUUUAAACAAGAAGAUAUAGCAAGAAGUUUAUUAUUUUCAAUAAGUAAUAAUAUUGGACAAAUUGCUUAUUUACAUGCUUUAAGAUUUAAUUUAAAAAGAAUUUAUUUUGGUGGUAGUUAUAUUUCUGGUCAUAUGCAAACUAUUCAUACUUUAAGUUUUGCAGUUAAUUUUUGGUCAAAAGGAGAUAUGGAAAGUUAUUUUUUAAGACAUGAAGGUUAUUUAGGUAGUGUUGGAGCUUUUAUGAUGGGUCCUGCAACUGCUAAUAACUAA